GAGCAGACGACGGGUUCCUUCCGUCAUAAAAUCCCUAAAACCCUGAACCCUUCCCUUCCUUCAGCCUCUGGUCUUGUUUACUGUCGGCUUCAACCUCUCGUCUCUCUCCACAGACAUACGGAAGAAACGGUAAGAAGACGAAGACGGAAUAGCAAUUUGGUGGUAACAUCGUCUUCCAUGGCGGCGAAGGGGAAACAGGACAAAAGUGCGAGUGUGGAGUUCCAGGAACUUCACAAACUCGUCAGGCACCAUAUAGAAUCGUUCGAUUACAUGACGGACAAAGGGCUUGAAGUUAUGUUCAAUCGAAUCCAACCCGUCUCGGUUUACGAUUCUGCCACCGAGAAUAAGCUGAGAAUCUGGUUAGAUAAUCCUGUAGUGUUCCGACCUCAGAAGGAGAGUUUGACCUCAACGUCAAGGAAAGAGUCUCUAUUUCCCUUUGAGUGUAGGCAGGCGAAGAUUUCAUACACAGGAACGUUUUUGGCGGAUGUUUGCUUUCAGUACAAUGAUGGGGUUGUUGUCAGAGAAAGAUAUGAUUUUGGGCAGUUCCCGAUUAUGCUUAUGUCAAAGCUUUGCAACUUACGGGGUGCUGAUUGUCAAAAGCUCUUGAGGUGCAAAGAGGUAGCUUCUGAAAUUGGCGGGUACUUUAUUUUGAAUGGGAUUGAGAGAGUGUUUCGAUGUGUUAUAGCCCCAAAGCGAAAUCAUCCAACGGGUAUGGUACGGAACUCAUUUCGAGAGCGCCGGGAAGGAUACAGUGAUAAGGCAGUUGUCAUAAGGUGUGUAAGAGAUGACCAAUCAUCAGUCACAGUCAAACUGUAUUAUCUUAGGAAUGGAAGUGCCAGACUUGGAUUUUGGAUUGGAGGGAGGGAAUAUCUGCUUCCUAUUGGAGUUCUUCUCAAGGCUCUCAUUGAAACCAAUGACAAGGAAAUAUAUGAAAGUCUGAACUGUUGCUACAAUGAGGAAUAUGGUAGAGGAGAGGGAGCUAUUGGAACCCAACUUGUUCGGGAAAGAGCUAAAAUAAUUCUUGACGAAGUGCGAGACUUGGGUCUCUUCACUCGGGAACAGUGUCGGAGGCACAUUGGAGAGCACUUUCAACCUGUUCUAGAUGGGCUGGAAAAUGAAAGCUAUUCAAUUGUUGCUGAGGCUGUGCUCAAGGAUUAUAUAUUAGUUCACCUCGCCAAUGACGAUGACAAGUUCAAUUUGCUCAUCUUCAUGAUUCAGAAACUUUUCUCGCUGGUAGAUCAAACUUCAUUACCAGACAAUCCCGAUUCGUUGCAAAAUCAGGAAAUUUUAGUCCCGGGUCACCUCAUAACCAUUUAUCUCAAGGAUAAGCUUGAAGAGUGGCUGCGCAAGUCCAGAAGGUUACUCCAAGAGGAGUUGAGUGACAGCAGCAAGAAAUUUUCAUUUGAAAGCCUUGCUGAUGUCAAGAAGGUCUUGGGCAAAAAUCCUUCAAAGAGUGUUGGUGGGGCUAUUGAGACAAUGUUGAAAAUAGGAAGGAUUGCUACACAGUCGGGAUUGGACUUACAGCAGAAAGCCGGAUAUACCGUUCAGGCAGAGCGAUUGAAUUUCCUCCGUUUUCUGUCAUUUUUUCGUUCUGUUCAUCGAGGAGCUUCUUUUGCCGGACUUCGUACAACAACCGUGAGGAAGCUUCUUCCUGAGUCCUGGGGUUUUCUUUGUCCUGUACAUACGCCUGAUGGUGAGCCAUGUGGAUUGCUUAAUCAUAUGACUUGUACAUGCGGGAUCACAUCUUACUUUGAUUCCCAAGGAAACGUCAAAGAUUUCCUGAGAAUGAGAAAAUCAAUUGUUGAUGUACUGGUUGGGGUUGGAAUGGUGUCCGCCUUGCCAAAGCUUGUCCGAGCAGGACCACCAGAAGUCAUUUCUGUUCUUUUAGAUGGCAGGAUUGUCGGUUAUUUGUCUUCAAAUUUAGUUCCGAAAGUUGUCUCUUAUUUACGGAGACUGAAAGUGGCAGCUUCUUCUGUGAUUCCUGAAGACCUCGAAGUGGGAUACGUACCUAUAAGUAUGGGUGGAGCAUAUCCGGGAUUGUAUUUAGCAACAUGUCCUUCAAGAUUCGUUAGGCCUGUUAAAAAUAUAUCUAUAGCUUCUGGUGAAAGUCAGAAUAUUGAACUCAUUGGCCCGUUCGAACAGGUCUUUAUGGAAAUAAGCUGUCCUGAUGGUGGAAAUGGAGGAAGGAAUAACUCUUUUGAAGCUACUCAUGAAGAAAUCCAUCCAACCGGAAUGCUAAGUGUGGUUGCUAAUCUUACGCCCUGGUCAGAUCAUAACCAAAGUCCUCGUAACAUGUACCAGUGUCAGAUGGCGAAACAAACCAUGGGAUUCUCUACUCAAGGACUCCAAUUUCGUGCAGAUCAGAAACUUUACCACUUACAGACUCCUCAAACUCCAAUCGUGCGGACAAAAACUUACACGAAGUACAAUAUCGAUGAGAAUCCGACGGGGACUAAUGCAAUAGUUGCAGUCCUAGCGUAUACAGGAUAUGAUAUGGAAGAUGCUAUGAUUCUUAACAAAUCAUCUGUGGAACGAGGGAUGUGUCACGGACAAAUAUAUCAGACAGAAACGAUUGAUUUGUCAGAUCAGAGAAGCAGAUCAGAUAAUGCUAAAAAGAGUUUUAAGAGGAGUAACCUUGACAAAUCAGUUCAUUCUCAUAUCGAUGUCGAUGGGUUACCGUAUGUUGGACAGACGAUACACCCAAAUGAACCGUAUUGCAGUAUCCACCAUGAGGUAACAAACUCGUUUAAGACUAUGGUCCGGAAAGGUACUGAACCCGUGAUUGUUGACUAUGUCGCUGUUGACAUGAAAAGCAAGAACCACCCUCGGAAGGUAAAUAUCCGUUUUCGGCACACGAGAAAUCCCAUCAUCGGUGACAAAUUUAGUAGUAGACAUGGGCAGAAGGGUGUUUGUUCACAGUUAUGGCCUGAUAUCGAUAUGCCCUUCAGUGGAGUUACAGGGAUGCGUCCUGAUCUGAUCAUAAAUCCUCACGCAUUUCCAUCGAGGAUGACGAUCGCUAUGCUUUUGGAGUCUGUUGCUGCUAAGGGAGGAAGUUUGAAUGGAGAGUUUAUGGAUGCGACCCCGUUCCCGGAUGCUGUAAUAAAACCAGAUGGAGAGAACAAGAAAGAGUCGAGCUCGCUUGUUGAUGAUCUAGGUUCCAUGUUGAAGAAAAAGGGUUUCAACUAUCAUGGAACCGAAGUGUUAUACAGUGGGGUAUAUGGUACAGAACUCACCUGCGAAAUAUUUAUUGGGCCCGUUUACUACCAGAGGUUGCGGCACAUGGUUUCAGACAAAUUCCAGGUACGAUCCACGGGACAAGUGGAUCAGAUAACUCGGCAACCGAUCAAGGGGAGGAAACGGGGAGGAGGUAUUCGUUUCGGGGAGAUGGAACGGGAUGCGAUGCUUGCUCACGGAUCUGCGUAUCUAUUGCACGACAGGCUCCACACCUCUUCCGACCACCACAUUGCGGAUGUAUGCUCGCUAUGCGGAAGUUUACUCACGACAUCGGUCAUGCAGGCUGACCAGAGGAGAAUUAUCCGAGAAAUCGGAGGAUUGCCGCCCGGAAGGGCACCGAAAAAGGUGACUUGCCAAGCUUGCCAGACGAGCAAAGGCAUGGAAACUGUUGCUAUGCCUUAUGUGUUUAGAUACUUAGCCGCGGAAUUAGCCUCCAUGAACAUUAAGAUGACUCUUCAGCUAAGUGGCAGAGAAGCAGCUUGAUGAUGAACUUCAUUACGGUUCACGUUUGUAUGUACUAUAAAGAUUUGAUUUCUGCUGCAGUUUUGUGUCAUUAAACAUUUUUUUGAAUUGGGGAUAUGACUAUUAGAUUUCAUUUCCGCAGCAGUUUAGACAUUAGUUGAGUUGGGGAUGUCUGAAUUAUGUUCAUGUUUACCAUAAAAAGAGAUUUUUAUUUUUAUUCGAAA